AUCAGGCUUUGGCAUAGUAAUGUCGAGGUCGAGUUGUCGUCGUCCUCGUCUAGGCACGUCUAGGUCUAGAUAACCACUUUCUCUCAAUAGUUUGGAAUGAUUGAUUAAACUUUUAUAAUAGGUUAAUUGUAAAUUGUUUUUUAUAGAAUGGCAAAUGAUAAAAAACUAAAACUACCAGUUGUAGCAAUAAGAAGUGACAUCUAUUUACCUGGUCGUAGUGCGACAAUAAACAUUUCUGGAGAAAGCAAUGUAAACUUAAUGAAGAAAGUAUUAUUAAUGGGUGGUAAUCUAAAGAAUAAAGUGGGAUUUGUUUUUAUCAAAAGUGAAGGAAAAGAUCAUGACGUGUUGGAGCCAUCGAACCUCAUGAGUGAUAUUGGCACUGAAACUCUUGUGACUCGUGUCACUUUUGGUCCACAGUCUAUGGCUACAAUAUCCUUUGUGUGUCGAAGCAGGUUUCGAAUUGAAAAAUUCGUGAUGGAAGAGCCCUACCCAGUUGCCAUUGUAUCACCUAUUCACCAACAAAUUGAAGACGAUUAUGGGGAUGUUAACGAUCUCAACCAAUUCCAAAAUGAAUUAGAAAGUUUGGUGCUGGAUGUCUUACAAUCCUGCACAAAUUCAGCCAGUUUACUUGCUAUGAAGAAUGGUUUGAAGAGACUUACUCCCAGUUUUUUUGUGGAUAUGUGUGCAUCACUAGUCCCUCUGUCACAGGCUGAAAAACUUGAUCUAUUGGAAACAUUAGGAACAAAAGAGCGUAUGAAAAAAGUUAUUUCACUUUUGAAAAGUAAUUUUGGAGAUAAUGUGAGUGUAAAACCUAGUCAACGUUCGGUCCAAGGAAGUUCAAACUUUCAACCGAAGCUUAUAAGAAUUGGUCACCGCGGUAGUCCAAUGGACGAUGACUCAGAUAUUGGCGACCUCUCUAAUAGACUGAAAAAAGCCAAGCUUCCUCCACACGCUGAAGAGGUGGCCUCAAAAGAACUCAAACGACUCAUGAACAUUGGACGCUACAGUUCUGACUACGGAGUUAUCAGAAGCUAUCUGGAGCUGUUAGCUGAACUACCAUGGGACAACUCUACAGAAGAAUCCAUCAACAUAAAGAAGGCAAAACUGGCUCUUGACUCGCAACACUACGGGCUUAAAAAACUGAAGAAGAGAGUGUUAGAGUUCCUAGCUGUCCGUCAGUUGAAGAAGGAUUCGAAAGGGCCGAUUCUGUGCUUCGUGGGGCCGCCUGGUGUGGGCAAGACCAGUAUUGCGAGGUCGGUUGCCCACGCGAUGGGUCGAAAGUUUCACCAGAUUGCAUUGGGUGGAGUUUGUAACCAGUCUGACAUUCGGGGUCAUAGGAAGACGUACGUGGGUGCUAUGCCAGGACGCAUCAUUCAAGCGCUCAAAACCACCGGAGUCAACAACCCUGUCAUUUUGCUCGAUGAAGUCGAUAAAAUGGGAAUUGGGACCCACUCAGGUGACCCUUCGGCAGCCUUACUGGAAGUUCUCGAUCCGGAACAGAACACCAAUUUCGUGGACCAUUAUGUGAACAUCCCUUUCGACCUUUCCAAGGUCUUAUUCAUUGCUUCUUCAAACAGCCAUAGCAAAAUCCCGUUCGCCCUCUAUGACAGAUUGGAAGUCAUCAAUAUAGGUGGAUACUCUACGAAUGAGAAAUUGGGUAUUGCCGAACAGCAUCUGCUUCCAAAAGUGAUCCAUGACAACGGAUUGAGUGAGCAAUUGUUGAAUGUGCCCCGUGAUAGUUUGCAACUGAUAAUCAGUUCGUACACAAAAGAAGCGGGCGUGAGGAGUUUGGAGAAGAAGCUGAGCGCUCUGUGCCGGUCGGUGGCGUUCCAAGUGGCAGAACAAGACACUAGCGGUGCUGAUCAAGUGCAAACUGCUUCUGGCCAGUCGCCGAUGAAGGCCAGUCUCAACUCGCUCACUUUCCCCAUCACUCUGGAUAGGGAAGCUGUCGAGAAAGUUCUCGGGCCGCCGAUUUACGACGAGAACGUGUUGUGGGACAGAAUGGGUAUGCCGGGCGUAGCAGCCGGGCUGUACGUGUCUGUGAUUGGCGGAUCGGUGAGUCUGGUCGAGUGCUUUGCAUUUGCCAAACCCAAGUCGGCCGAAUGCUCACUACAGCUCACCGGAAAGUUGGGUCGAGUCAUGAAGGAGUCUGCUCAACUGGCCUGGAAGUGGGUGCGAAUCAAUUACAGCAAGUUGACACUGUACGAGGAAAUGAACGAGGCCGGAGCUCUGUUGCCGUCGCCGUUCCACUCGGAAGUUCACAUCCACUUCCCGGCGGGAGCCGUGGACAAGGACGGGCCUUCGGGGGGCAUCACCAUCGCAGUGGCCCUCGUCUCGCUCUUCCUCAACACGCCUGUCGCACCCAACCUCACCAUGACCGGCGAGCUCAGUCUCAAAGGGUUUGUUCUGCCGGUUGGAGGCAUUAAACAGAAAGUAUUGGCAGCUUACGAACAAGGCUUCAAAACGGUGAUACUCCCCAAAUUGAACCAGAAAGAUGUGUCGGAAACUCCCAACGAGGUGAAGGAUGCUAUGGAAUUUGUUUUUGUCGAGACAAUGGAUGACGUAUUGCACGCAGCUUUCAAUGGAGCCGUCACGUUGAAUAACGUCUACGAACAUCCUCUCACUAGUAAACUGUAAAUCUGCUCACAAUAUCCAGUUGGGUGAUUGUGAAAUAAUGUAACCUAUUUUUACGCUUAUUUAUACUACUUGGGGGUUUUGUAAUAUCUAUUAUUAAAGUACUUGUGGUUGGGAAAGCAGGAUUUAUACUCGUUACAUGUGAAUUAUGGCAAUUGAUUGAUUAUUAAUACAUUACUAUUUAUGGAAUAAAGGUGAUUAUUAUUAUGAGGUUAUAGAAACGGGUUGCACACUCUUAUAAUUGAUGAAUGGAAUUGAUCGAAUGUUUGAAGAAAUAUAUGAAUGCCAUUCAAGCACUUAGUCUAUGCCAUUCAAUUGUAGACCUCUACUCAUUAUUUCACUUUUGGGUUGACAUUUGACUGGCAAUCUUGAAAGAAGCUCAUCUAUGUAGAUUAUCCCAGCAAUCAUAAUUCUAUUCUCCUUUCCUAUCAAAUGUGUUGUUACUUUUUCCAGAUCUUUGGUUGCAGUUGUUAAAUUUGGUUUGAAAGUUGGGAAUUUUAUUCAUAAACUGAAACGUUGCUGAAAUGAUUUGAAAUGGCAUUCAAUGCUUACAUUCCCCUAUUCAUAAAUCUGUCUAUAUGAGUGCCUAAUUCUUUAUUAAUAUAUAAAGUUAUGUAAUAUGUUAUUAAAGUAACAUAUUCUAAAGAUAUUGAUGACAUUGAGAUUAUAAAUGAACACUUAUUUUUAAAUGUAACUCAUUCUGAUAACAAUUUUAUCUUUUCCACUAUUUACUAACUUAAUAAACUGGAAUUAUUUUGAAUGACAUAAUGACUUAAAAAUAGCAUGAAGUUGAUAAGCUAGAAAUUAUUUUCAUCGAUGACAUAAUGACUCAAUAUUGUCAUCAACUCAGCUCAAUCAACUCAAUUUUGUCAGCUGGAAAAUAUUUUUAUAAAUGACAAAACUUAUUCAGUCAUGUAAAAUUAUUACACUUAUGUGAGAAGGCAUGUGCCCAAAACUGUCCCUUCUCAAAUUAAUAAUACAGUCCAAAUCAAAAUGUAGGUUAAGCUAUUAUCACUUAUUAAAAUAACAAUUCACACUUCAAAAAAGGAACAAAUUACAAUUAAAAAUAGAUAUACCGAAGAACUAAAUCUCAUAAAGUGAUAAUUGAUUAAUUUAGUUCACAUAUAUACAUGCAUUUGAGUUAUUUUAAAAAUUCAUAUAUUUUAGUGGUCUUAGUACAUCUUGGACAGGAAAUUCCAUCAAGUUCCUCAUUAAACGAUCGUUUCACUUCUAGGCAUUCAUUGCACAUUAAGUGUCAGCACUUCAGUACUACCAUAUUGAUAUUCCACUGCUGGCUACAGCAAUAGUAAAAGAAACAGAAUUCCAUAGAUAAUCUCCUUUAUUAAAAUUGUCAUCUCUUCUUAUUUGCCUGUUUGAUUUCAGUGCUGCUAUGCAGACACUGUGACGGUGACAAUGCUGCCUCUGCUAUUCUGGCUGUCACCGAUCUGGUUGGUACCGCACGCACUGGUAAGGCAGAUGUAGGCCUACCGCUUGCCACUCUAUCAUCUGCUGAUGGAACUGAAGUAGGCCUAGUGGCUGUUGUUGUGGAUGCUCCACUUUUUCUACAUGUUCUUCCAACUGCUGAAGCAGCACAUGUCGCUGGAGAUAGUUUUGAUGACAUUUUAGCAAUCGUGGAUGAAUAAGGCAAUGACUGUGCUAUGGUAUUUCUGAUGCGUGCCCCUGUUGAUGGUUUUGAAGAUGACUUGGUCUUAGUGGAUGAAGCUCCACUCUUUUUUCUCAAGCUCUCAACUUCUAAUGCUGCAGACCACCUCCUUCAUCCUGGGCUCUUGCCACUGUUCCCUGCUGCACCAUAAUUAUUCCGGAUGAUGUCCUGCAAUAAAAAGGCAUGUGCCUAACAAAUUUGUGCUAGAAAUUCAGUUUUCAUUACAUCAUCAUAGACAGGAAACUCCAUUAAGUGUCUGCACUUCUUUAAUACCAUAUUGAAAUUCCGCUGCUGGCUACAGCGAUAGCAAAAUCAACAGAGUACCAUAGAUAAGCUCCUUUAUAAAAAUUGUCGUGUCUUCUUAUUUGCCUGUUCAAUUUCAGUGCUGCUAUGCAGACACUGUGCCAGUGAUAAUGCUGCCUCUCCUAUUCUGGCUGUCACUGAUCUGUUUGGUACCGCACGCACUGGUAAGGCAGAUGUGGGCCUACCGCUUGCCACUCUAUCAUCUGCUGAUGUAACUGAAGUGGGCCUAGUGGUUGUUGUUGUGGAUGCUCCACUUUUUCUACUUGCUAAUGGAACUGAAGUAGGCCCAGUGGCUGUUGUUGUGGAUGCUCCACUUUUUCCACAUGUCCUUCCAACUGCUGAAGCAGCACAUGUCGCUGGAGAUAGUUUUGAUGACAUUUUAGCAAUUGUGGAUGAAUAAGGCAAUGACUGUACUAUGGUGUUUCUGAUGCGUGCCCCUGUUGAUGGUGCUGAAGAUGACUUGGUCUUAGUGGAUGAAGCUCCACUUCCUUUGCAUUCGCUCCCAACUUCUAAUGCUGCAGAUCCUUCAUCCUGGGCUCUUGCCACUGUUUCCUGCUGCACCGUAAUUAUUCCAGAUGAUGUCCUGCGAUAAACAGGCGUGUGCUUCACAAAUUUGUGCUAGAAAUUCAGUUUUCAUAACAUCUAUAUAGGUAAUGUUUUUAUCUUAAAUGUAAUUAUUGACACUUAUACUUGAGCUCACAUCCACUUUUGAAAGUAAUUCUAUUAGAAAACUUGCUCUAAAGAAAUUCGUUCCAAUUCCUCUGACUAGUGGUUCAAUAGUAAUGCAUUUUUACAAAUGGUUGAGUAGCUGUCCAUGGUCUCACAUGCAAUUUUUGUCAUUCAUGUUUGUGAUAUUAUUGUGCUAUUGAUUGUUGUAAUAUUAUGACUGAAAUAUGCGGAUUUCUUAUAAUUAUGUGUAGUUUUGAACAGUGGAAUCUUUAGCUUUUUCAUGUAUUUAUUUAUAUUAAGGUUUUGAAAUAUUUGUAGUUAGGCACUCAUCAAGACAGAUUCAUGAUUAGGGGAUUGUAAGCAUUGAAUGCCAUUUCAAAUUAUAUCAGUAACGUUUUAGUUUAUGAAUAAAAUUCCCAACUUUCAAACCAAAUUAAACAACUGCAACCAAAGAUCUGGAAAAAGUAACAACACAUUUGAUAGGAAAGGAGAAUAGAAUUAUGAUUGCUGGGAUAAUCUACAUAGAUGAGCUUCUUUCAAGAUUGCCAGUCAAAUGUCAACCCAAAAGUGAAAUAAUGAGCAGAGGUCUAGAAUUGAAUGGCAUAGACUAAAUGUUUGAAUGGCAUUCAUAUAUUUCUUCAAAGAUUCGAUCUUUCAUUCAUCAAUAAUUGAUUUAUAUAUUUAUAUUAUAAGAGUGUGCAACCCGUUUCCAUAACGGCCACUAGGCCUACUUCAGUUCCAUCAGCAGAUGAUAGAGUGGCAAACGGUAAGCCUACAUCUGCCUUACCAGUGCAUGUGGUACCAACCAGAUCGGUGACAGCCAGAAUAGCAAAGGCAGCAUUGUCACCUGCACAGUGUCUGCAUAGCAGCACUGAAUUUAAACAGGCAAAUAAGAAGAGACGACAAUUUUUAUAUAGGGGCUUUUCUAUGGUAUUCUGUUGAUUUUGCUAUCGCUGUAGCCAGCAGCGGAAUAUCAAUAUGGUAGUACAAGUGCGGACACUUAAUGUGCAAUGAAUGCCUAGAAGAAAAGAAAUGAUGGUUUAAUGAGGAACUUAAUAGAAUUUCCUGUCCAAGGUAGGUGUAAUGGAAACUGAAUUUCUAGCACAAAUUAGUGAAGCAGGCGCCUGUUUAUCACAGGACAUCAUCUGGAAUAAUUAUGAUGCAGCAGGAAAUAGUGGCAAGAGCCCAGAAUGAAGGAGCUUGGUCUGCAACAGUAGAAGUUUGGAGCGCGUUCAAAGGAAGAGGAGCUUCAUACACUAAGACCAAAUCAUCUUCAAAACCAUCAACAGUUGGGAACGGAUGGAGUAGGAAUGGAGCUCCAUCAUUUGAAACUAAGUCAUCUUCAGCUUCUUCAGCAGUUGGGAGCGCAUGCAAAGGAAGUGGAGCUUCAUCCACUAAGACCAAGUCAUCUUCAGCACCAUCAACAGGGGCACGCAUCAGAAAUACCAUAGCACAGUCAUUGCCUCAUUCAACCAUGAUUGCUAAAAUGUCAUCAAAACUAUCUCCAGCGACAUGUGCUGCUUCAGCAGUUGGAAGAACAUGUAGAAAAAGUGGAGCAUUCACAACAACAACCACUAGGCCUACUUCAGUUCCAUCAGCAGAUGAUAGAGUGGCAAGCGGUAGGCCUACAUCUGCCUUACCAGUGCGUGCAGUACCAAGUAGAUCAGUGACAGCCAGAAUAGCAGAGGCAGCAUUGUCACCAGCGCAUUGUCUACGUAGCAGUGUCUACAUAGCAGCACUGGAAUUAAACAGGCAAAUAAGAAGAGAUGACAAUUUUAAUAAAGGAGCUUAUCUAUGGUAUUCUGUUGCUUUUGCUAUUGCUGUAGCCAGCAGCGGAAUAUCAAUAUGGUAGUACAGAAGUGCGGACACUUAAUGUGCAAUGAAUGCCUAGAAGAAAAGAAACGAUGGUUUAAUGAGGAACUUAAUGGAAUUUCCUGUCCAAGAUAGAUGUAAUGAGAACUGAAUUUCUAGCACAAAUUUGUGAAGCAGGCGCCUGUUUAUCACAGGACAUCAUCUGGAAUAAUUAUGGUGCAGCAGGAAAUAGUAGCAAGAGCCCAGGAUGAAGGAGCUUGGUCUGCAGCAUUAGAAUUUGGAAGUGCGUGCAAAGAAAGUGGUGCUUCAUCCACUUUGACCAAGUCAUCUUCAAAACCAUCAACAUUUGGGAACGGAUGGAGUAGGAAUGGAGCUCCAUCAAUAAAAACUAAGUCAUCUUUAGCUCCUCAGCAGUUGGGAGUGCAUGCAAAGGAAUUGGUGCUUCAUCCACUAAGCCAAGUCAUCUUCAGCACCAUCAACAGCGGCACACAUCAGAAAUACCAUAGCUCAGUCAUUGCCUUAUUCAUCCAUGAUUGCUAAAAUGUCAUCAAAACUAUCUCCAGCAACAUGUGCUGCUGCAGCAGUUGGAAGAACAAGUAGGAAAAGUGAAGCAUUCACAACAACAACCUCUAGGCCUACUUCAGUUCCAAAAGCAAAUAGAAAAAGUGAAGCAUCCACUACAACAACCACUAGGCCCACUUCAGUUCCAUCAGCAGAUGAUAGAGUCGCAAGCGGUACGCCUACAUCUGCCUUACCAGUGCAUGCGGUACCAACCAGAUUGGUGACAGCCAGAAUAGCAGAGGCAGCAUUGUCACCUGCGCAGUGUCAGCAUAGCAGCACUGAAAUUAAACAGGCAAAUAAGAAGAGAUGACAAUUUCAAUAAAGGGGAUUAUCUAUGGUAUUCUGUUGCUUUUGCUAUUGCUGUAGCCAUCAGUGGAAUAUCAAUAUGGUAGUACAGAAUUGGGGACACUUGAUGUGCAAUGAAUGCCUAGAAGAAGUGAAACGGUCGUUUAAUGAGGAACUUGAUGCAAUUUCCCGUCCAACAUGGAUGUAAUGAAAUUUGAAUUUCUAGCACAUAUUUGUGAAGCACGUGCCUGUUUAUCGCAGGACAUCAUCUGGAAUAAUUACGGUGCAGCAGGAAAUAGUGGCAAGAGCCCAGGAUGAAGGAGUUUGGUCUGCAGCAUUAGAAGUUGGGAGCAUGUGCAAAGGAAGUAGAGCUUCAUCCACCAACACCAAGUAAUCUUCAAAACCAUCAACAGUUGGGAACGUAUGGAGUAGGAAUGGAGCUCCAUCAUUUAAAACUAAGUCAUCUUCAGCUCCUUCACCAGUUGGGAGCGCGUGCAAAGGAAGUGGAGCUUCAUCCACAAAGACCAGGUCAUCUUCUGUACCAUCAACAGGGGCACGCAUCAGAAAUACCAUAGCAGAGUCAUUGCCUUAUUCAUCCACAAUUGCUAAAAUAUCAUCAAAACUAUCUCCAGCGACAUGUGCUGCUUCAGCAGUUGGAAGAACAUGUAGAAAAAGUGGAGCAUCCACAACAGCAGCCACUAGGCCAACUUCAGUUCCAUCAGCAAGUAGAAAAAGUGAAGCAUCCACUACAACAACCACCAGGCUUACUUCAGUUCCAUCAGCAGAUGAUAGACUGGCAAGCGGUAGGCUAACAUCUGCCUUACCAGUGCGUGCGGUACCAACCAGAUCUGUGACAGCCAGAAUAGCAGAGGCAGCAGCGCAGUGUCUGCGUAGCAGCACUGAAAUUAAACAGGUAAAUAAGAAGAGAUGACAAUUUUUAUAAAGGAAAUUAUCUAUGGUAUUCUGUUGCUUUUGCUGUUGCUGUAGCCAGCAGGGAAAUAUCAAUAUGAUAUUACAGAAGUGCGGACAAUUUAUGUGCAGUGAAUGCCUAGAAGUGAAACGAUCGUUUAAUGAGGAACUUAAUGGAAUUUCCUGUCCAAGAUAGAUGUAAUGAGAACUGAAUUUCUAGCACAAAUUUGUGAAGCAGGCACCUGUUUAUCGCAGGACAUAAUCUGGAUUAAUUAUGGUGCAGCAGGAAACAGUGGCAAGAGGCCAAGAUGAAGGAGCUUGGUCUGCUGUAUUAGAAGUUGGGAGUGCGUGCAAAGGAAGUGGAGCUUCAUUCACAAAGACCAAGUAAUCUUCAAAACCAUCAACAGUUGGGAACGGAUGGAGUGAGAAUGGAGCUCCAUAAUUUAAAACUAAGUCAUCUUCAGCUCCUUCAGCAGUUGGGAGCGCAUGCAAAGGAAGUGGAGCUUCAUCCACUAAGACCUAGUCAUCUUCAGCACCAUCAACAGGGGCACGCAUCAGAAAUACCAUAGCAGAGUCAUUGCCUUAUUCAUCCACAAUUGCUAAAACGUCAUCAAAACUAUCUCCAGCGACAUGUGCUGCUUCAGCAGUUGGAAGAACAUGUAGAAAAAGUGGAGCAUCCACAACAACAGCCACUAGGCCAACUUCAGUUCCAUCAGCAAAUGAUAGAGUGGCAAGCGGUAGGCCUACAUCUGCCUUACCAGUGCGUGCGGUACCAACCAGAUCGGUGACAGCCAGAAUAGCAGUGGCAGCAUUGUCACCGUCACAGUGUCUGCAUAGCAGCACUGAAAUUUAACAGGCAAAUAAAAAGAGAUGACAAUUUUAAUAAAUAAUGAGCUUAUCUAUGGUAUUCUGUUGCUUUUGCUAUUGCUGUAGCCAGCAGUGGAAUAUCAAAAUAUCAAUAUGGUAGUACUUUACUAAGACCUCUAAAAUAUAUGAAUUUUUUUUAUUUUUCAAACCAACUCAAAUGCAUGUAUAUAUGUGAACUAAAUUAAUCGAUUACCAUUUUAUGAGAUUUAGCUCUUCAUUAUAUAGAUUUUUAAUUGUAUUUUGUUUCUUUUUUGAAGUGUGAAUAAUUGUUAUUCUAAUAAGUGAUAAUAGCUUAACCUACAUUUUGAUUUGGACUGUAUUAUAAAUUUGAGAAGGGAUAGUUUUGGGCAUAUGCCUUCUCACAUAAGUGUAAUAAUUGUACAUGACUGAAUAAGUUUAGUCGUUUAUAAAAAUAUUUUCCAGCUGACAAAAUUGAGUUGAUUGAGCUGAGUUGAUGACAAUAUUGAGUCUUUAUGUCAUUGAUGGAAAUAAUUUCUAGCUUAUCAACUUCAUGCUUUUUCUAAGUCAUUAUGUCAUUCAAAAUAAUUCCAGUUUAUUAAGUUAGUAAAUAGAGAAAAAAGAUAAAAUUGUUAUCAGAAUGAGUUACAUUUAAAAAUAAGUGUUUUGAAGAUGACUUGGUCUUAGUGGAUGAUACUACACUUCUUUUGCACGCGCUCCCAACUCCUAAUACUGCAGACCAAGCUCCUUCAUCCUGUGCUCUUGCCACUGUUUCCUGCUGCACCGUAAUUAUUCCAGAUGAUGUCCUGCGAUAAACAGGCGUGUGCUUCACAAAUUUGUGCUAGAAAUUCAGUUUUCAUUACAUCUAUAUAGGUAAUUUUUUUAUCGUAAAUGAAAUUAUUGACACUCAUACUUGAGCUCACAUCCACUUUUGAAAGUAAUUCUAUUAGAAAACUUGAUCUAAAGAAUUUCGAUCCAAUUCCUCUGACUAGUGGUUCAAUAGUUGAUGCAUUUUUACAAAUGGUUGAGUAGCUGUCCAUGGUCUCACAUGCAAUUUU